AUGCUAAAUGAUCAUUUAGACGAGUUUCUGGUUGACCCUAACACCACUUGGUUGACAUUCCACGAGAACGAAAACUUACCUACAAAUAUUUACAAGGACAACACCUUACCGUCAAACAAAAUACAACUACUGCUCCAGAUAUAUCCCUGGAAUAAGCUCAUCAAGCUUGACCAAUUACCUAUGGACAAGAAGAUCGGAAACACGUGUCUAAACAUGACAAAGAAGUGGACAAAAGCUUUGUUUAGACUAUCUUAUCAUUUCUUAGCUGUGAUACAUCCAAUUUAUGUGACCAUUUGA